AGACACCUCUUUCCUGCAGGAAAUUGAUGACCACACUCUCCCUACCUUCCUUAUCUCCUCCUCUUCCUUUCUGCUUACAAGCUUAGAUAGAAAUAAAUCAGUAAUCAUCAUAUGUAAAAAAAUAUAUAUAAAGUAAGCUUAUUUUUUUUUUGAAAAAAUAAAAUAAAAUUUAAUCUCCGGCGAGUGCUUGUUGAUCGAUUUUCUCGGUAUAGAUCUUCCCCCAUCACAGAGAAAAUGGAAUUCGACGACCACGAAGAGCAAGAGGAAGAUAUGAUGGAGAUUCCCACUCCGCCGCCGGGGUAUGAGUCGGUGAGCAACUCAGCAAGGCCCAAAAUGGGGUCCAACCGCGGCGAGUCAACGAAAUCCGGCGGGAGCACGACGUCGUUCAGGUACAGAGAAUGCCUGAAGAACCACGCGGUCAGCAUAGGCGGCCACGCCGUGGACGGCUGCGGGGAGUUCAUGGCAGCCGGAGAGGAAGGAACCCUCGACGCCCUAAAGUGCGCCGCUUGCGGCUGCCACCGCAAUUUCCACCGCAAGGAGAACAACGGAUCAUCAGAGCCCUUGUUGUACCGCCAAUUCUCAUCCUACUAUCGCUCCGCACAGCCACCUCAGCAGGCCGGGUACCACCACUUUCACUUGAAUAAGCCGUUGGCUUUGCCCGCAGCCUCGGGAGGCGGCGGGGGAGGAGGCGGGGGCCACAGCCGUGAGGGCGAGGACAUGUCUAACCCGAGUAGCAGCGGCGGCGGCGGCGGCGGCGGGAGUUCCGGUCUAAAGAAGAGGUAUAGGACAAAGUUUAGCCAAGAGCAGAAGGACAAGAUGCUUGCUUUCGCGGAGAGUGUCGGGUGGCGGAUCCAGAAGCACGAUGAGGCGGCGGUGGAACAAUUUUGUACCGACAACGGCAUCAAACGACAUGUCCUAAAGGUUUGGAUGCACAACAACAAGCAAACUCUUGGUAAGAAACCCUAAUUUGGUUCCACGUUCAUGGGAGUGUGGAAUUAAUGAAAAAUCGUGCUGUAAAUUGAAUGGAUAUCGAUCUAACAAGCUAGGGUUGAAACUUCUUUCUUUCCCAUCAUUAUUAAUUCUUGUUUUUAUUUU